AUGAAGUUCUCUCUGAGCGUCGUCUGCCUCCUGGCGCCCAUCACCGUCCUCGCGGCGCCCCUCGAGGAGCGGCAGGCCUCGCAGAGCAUCGACCGGCUCAUCAAAGCCAAGGGCAAGCAGUACUAUGGCACGUGCAGCGACCAGGGCCGCCUGACGUCCGGCCGCAACGCCGACAUCAUCAAGGCCAAUUUCGGCCAGAUCACGCCCGAGAACUCGAUGAAGUGGGACCAGAUCGAGCCGAGCCGUGGCCAGUUCAACUGGGCCGGCCCGGACUACCUUGUGGAAUUCGCCCAGAAGAACGGUAAGCUCGUCCGUGGCCACACGCUGGUCUGGCACUCGCAGCUCGCUGGUUGGGUAAACAACGUCCGGGAUCGGGCCGGUCUGACCCAGGUCAUCGAGUCCCACAUCAAGGCGAUUGUCGGCCGGUACAAGGGCAAGAUCUACCACUGGGACGUCGUCAACGAGAUCUUCAACGAGGACGGAUCCCUCCGCUCGUCCGUCUUCUCACAGGUGCUGGGCGAGGACUUUGUUGGCAUCGCCUUCCGAGCCGCCAGGGCCGCCGACCCGAACGCCAAGCUGUACAUCAACGACUACAACCUCGACCAGGCCAGCUACGCCAAGACGCAGGCCAUGGCCCGCAAGGUCAAGGAGUGGAUCGGCAAGGGCAUCCCCAUUGACGGCAUCGGCUCCCAAGCCCAUCUCCAGGCCAACCAGGGCGGCAACGCCCUCGGCGCCCUGCAGACUCUUGCCGGCAGCGGCGUCAAGGAGGUUGCCAUCACGGAGCUCGACAUCGUCGGUGCCAGCACCAACGACUACACCGCCGUCACGCGCGCCUGUCUGCAGGUCCCCCAGUGCGUCGGCAUCACCGUCUGGGGCGUGCGCGACCCGGACAGCUGGCGCGCGCAGAACAACCCGCUGCUGUUCGACGCCAACUGGAACCCCAAGGCGGCCUACAAUGCUGUCGUUCAGGCUUUGCAGUGA